CAUUUAUACAUAAAACAAUAUGGUGGCGCCCAGUGAGGUGUGCGAGUAACGUGCGGGGUGAGGGCUCUUUCGAAUUCGUGUUCUCGGCUAUCGUGAAGGAGGAUAUUUACAGGUCUUGCAGCAUGCCGCCAGGCAUCCGCAUCCAGCUGAUGCUGAAGGGUUGCGCCAACCGGCCCGUCUACCACAUUGUGGCGGCGUACCGGAGUCGGCGUCCCCACGAGGAGGCUCUGGAGCAGAUCGGCUCGUUCGACCCCAUGCCCAAUGAGCGCAACGAGAAGCUGGUGGCCAUCAACUUCGACCGGCUCAAGUACUGGUUCGGCCAGGGAGCCAGGCCAAGCAGGGGCAUGGGCUGCCUCCUGGGCCUUGCGGGCUACACUCGCGUGCACCCCCUAACGUACAUGAGGGCGUGGCGAGCGCGGCAGGCUAAGCUCAACGAGCAGAAGAAGGAAGAGGCGGCGGAGGGGAAGGAGGCUGCUGGCAGCUGAGGGCGGCAUAUCUGCAUGUCUUGUAAAUGUUAAAGGUUUCUGAUGUACGCAUAGAUAUAGCUUGGUUCGUGUAUAAAGGAUUCUUUCGCCAAGGAA